UUAAUUGAAAAGACAUUUACUGAGCAUAUGUGAGCAAGGUUCACACACCCCGUUCGAUCCUCACAUCACCACCGCGCACCACAAGGCAGUCACGGUUACACUCUCUGCUUUUCAGAUUAAAACAUUAAUUCUUGGAGAGGUUGAAAGCCUAGUCCCAAAUCCCGUGGAGUGGCGGGACUUCCCGGCUGGGCCGCGGGGCUCCAAGGGACGCAGACAGCUGCGCCGGCCUCUCCGCCCGUAGGUGGAGCAGUUUUCCAGGCCUCGCCCGCCGCCGGAACUAACUUUCCAGCCGAGGCCAGGAUGGGGCCGCUCCGCGCCUUCCCGGCCUGCGCCCCGAUGCUGCGCGCCCUGCGUCUCCCGUGCCCCUGGGGGCACCUGGGGGCCCGCGGCUGCGCCUCCGACGGCACCGCUGGGGGCUGCGAGAUCCAAGUGCGCGCCCUGGCGGGAUCCGACCAAGGAAUCACGGAGAUUGUGAUGAACAGACCUGGGGCCCGCAAUGCCCUGGGCUAUGUCUUUGUGAGUGAGCUGCAGGAUGCCCUGGCCCGGCUGCGGGAGGACCAGCACUUGCGUGUCCUGCUCUUCAGAAGCGCUGUGAAGGGUGUGUUCUGUGCAGGUGCUGACCUGAAGGAGCGGGAGCAGAUGAGUGCGGCGGAGGUGGGGGUCUUUGUCCAGCGACUCCGAGGCCUGAUGAAUGACAUCGCGGCCUUCCCCGCGCCCACCAUUGCAGCUAUGGAUGGCUUUGCCUUGGGCGGAGGCCUGGAGCUGGCCCUGGCCUGUGACCUCCGAGUGGCAGCUUCCACAGCUGUCAUGGGGCUGAUCGAGACCACUCGCGGGCUGCUCCCGGGGGCAGGAGGGACUCAGAGGCUGCCCCGCUGCCUGGGGGUGGCGCUGGCCAAAGAGCUCAUCUUCACCGGCCGGCGGCUGACGGGGGUGCAGGCCCACACACUGGGGCUGGUGAACCACGCCGUGGACCAGAACGAGGAGGGCGAUGCUGCCUACCACCGAGCUCGAGCCCUGGCCCAGGAGAUCCUGCCCCAGGCCCCCAUCGCUGUGCGGCUGGGCAAAGUGGCCAUCGACCGCGGGAUGGAGGUGGACAUUGCAUCGGGGAUGGCCAUUGAAGGGAUGUGCUAUGCCCAGAAUAUCCCAACCCGGGACCGGCUGGAGGGCAUGGCAGCCUUCAGGGAGAAGCGGCCCCCCAAGUUUGUGGGCAAGUGACCACGCAUGGGAGCUGCACCCCGAAGGAGCCGCAGCGGUACUGCCUCAUCACGGCACCUUCCUGGCCUUUGGUUUCUUCACAAGGCAGGUGAUGGACACAAAAUGGAUGGCCUGGUACCAACACACGCUGCCCACACCACCUCCAGCUGCCCUCCUUGCUCCUCACCCUACCUAGACGAUCACUGGCAUUGGUUUGCUCUGCAGAAUGCUUGGCUCUCCCUACACAAAGGACAACUAGGGGUUCAAGUGGAGCCCUCCGUCUCUGUGCAGGAGGCUCUCAGGCCCUGGCCUCACCCUCUUCACCAACACGCUUUUACGAGAGACAGCAAGAGGUUGUAAAAAGCUCCUCGUUUCUUCUUCUGGACAGGAGAGAUUCAAUCAGUCCUAGUACUGGUCAAAUUUGUGUCAGGACUCGGACCUCAGUGUUUGGUUACCUGCUGUAUAACCUUGGAAAAACUGUUAACUUCCUAGGUGUCACCUUUGUUAUCUGCACAGUGAGUCUACUGGGAAGGUUUUUUAAACCCUCACGUUCAAUAAAUGUAACUGUUAACCUCCAG